GUUGGCGGCACGCUCGGGAACUAAGUGCAUCCGAGACAGCGGAGCUCGCUCAAGACGCCGCACUGCAUUCCUGCCCCAAACGACGGCGGCACACGCCGCCCCCGGCGUCUAUGUGUGUGUCGAUGUGUGUGUCUGCGCGUGUGCGGCUAUCUCCAUGUGGCGUGUAUGUGUGUGUGCGGUGUGUGUCAGUGUGCGCGGCGCGCGCCGUAACGAGAACGCGCUAAUUAACUCGACGCUUACAUGUGACUAAAUUACCUUAAGUGGCGGCGGUGCGACCGGCGCGCAGCCAACCACCACCACUGCUCUCCCGCUGUCGGCGGUGGCGGCGCGCGGCGCGGCGCGUACAAGGUGCUCUAAUGACUCAUUUGCAUCACUGCAAUCACCUUCUUAAAUUAAAUCCGCAAAAAAAGACAAGCAAACAAACAGAAAGUUCCUAAAAAUAUAUUUAUACAAUAAACACAACAAAGAAAUAACAAGCAAACAAAAGUUCCUAACGAUUUCAACGGUUCCUUAUUUAGUCCUUGAAAAUUUAAAGCAAAUAGACCAAAAACUAAUAUGAAAAUGAUAUUUUUUGUAAAUUUACGCGAAAAUUUAAAAUUUUGAGAAUUUAAACAUGACAGCGGUGCGUGGCAGCCACCCCUCGGACGUACUGGACAGUACAGACUCGAGUGACUCAUCGCUAAACAACGGCGAUGAUGCGUCCGUCGGAUCACCCGCUGGCGGUGGCGGAGGCGCCGGUGGCGGUGAUUCAACCACUCCUAAUCAACCUCCUAAUUGUACCCUACCGCUGCCCGAUCACGACACGCAUCAGCAUCACUUGUACAAAAGUUGCAAUGCGUCAACGGCGGCCGCCUCCGCGGCGGCGGCAUUCAAGUGCAACAAUUUCGACAAUUUCGUCAACAAGUUGGACUCGUAUAAUAAUAAUCAACUCUUAUUACCCACACAAUUCUAUAAGACUCUGCUCGCGAAAGCUGUCCUACAGCAGAGCAACGAUGAUAAAAGUAAUGUUUAUAAAAAUAUGUUGUUUAAAGAGUCCAGGGAUUUUGACCAGAAAGCUUUCGGAUGGGAUGGAGGACAAGGGGGUGGCGCACCCGCCGGACCGCAGGCGGCUGUUGGCGGCACGCAGGGCGCGCAGGGCUUCGUGCAUUGGAUGAGCGUGAUGGCCGAGCACAUGGACCCUGCCGUACAGCACUACAUGUCCUUCAAUCAAGAGCAAUGUAACCAACACAACAAAGACGACUACCCCAACUGGUCCAGAAACACAAUGUCCAGCAUCAACAAACAAGGCUACGAGGCGAAAAUGAACGAACAUCAAGGACAAAUGCAAAAAGGUGGCGUUGGAGUCACUUCAAUGGAAGAGCACCACAUGAGCACACCCGGUUUGUACACCAGUGGGCGCUCCACAUCCAGCAGCUCAAGCCCCGGCGUCGCCGCCUCCAGCCCUGCGCUACUCGUCGUUCCACAGCCGAUCAACGCUACCAAAAUGGGCGGCAUGCAAAACGGCGGAGGGCCACAGCCCAGAAAAUAUCAAUGCAAAAUGUGUCCACAGGUGUUUGGCUCCAAGGCCGAGCUGCAAUUGCACACGCAGGCCCAUAUGCGAGAGGCGAAACCCUACAAGUGCUCGCAGUGUUGCAAGGCGUUCGCGAAUAGCUCCUAUCUCUCCCAGCACACGCGGAUACAUCUCGGGAUCAAGCCCUACCGCUGCGAGAUCUGCCAGCGUAAAUUCACGCAGUUGUCGCACCUCCAACAGCAUAUUCGGACGCAUACUGGUGAUAAACCCUACAAGUGUCGACAUCCAGGCUGCCAGAAGGCCUUCUCACAGUUGAGUAAUCUGCAGUCGCACUCGCGGUGCCACCAGACGGACAAGCCGUACAAGUGCAAUUCGUGCUACAAGUGCUUCAGUGAUGAACCCUCAUUGCUCGAGCACAUACCCAAGCACAAGGAGAGCAAGCACCUCAAGACGCACAUCUGCCAGUAUUGUGGCAAGUCCUACACGCAGGAGACUUACCUUAGUAAGCAUAUGCAGAAACAUGCUGAGCGCACUGAUAAACGGCCACCAAUUGUGAAAGCCGUACCUGGUAUCAACCAUCGUGGUCUGGAACAUCCCUACUGGCCCAAAGUGUCCCCGGACAGCGCUGAGAACAUGCACGACUACCCGAAUGAUAUCUCCCGCCAGAUCAUGGAACAAAACGAUGAUCUCGUCAUCAUUCGACAGCAGUUGGCGCAGAACCCACCAGCUCCGCCAAGCACUCCUAACGCUACCAACCUUUCUAAUAACGGUCCACCACCGCCGCCAUCUUCGACAGCGGGUGCUUAUGAUACGUCGAUCUCGAAGAGCAACGCCAAUUCAGCGUUCACACCGAUCAACUCGAUGUCGGGACACCUUAACCACCUCAACCAUCAGCUGGCGCCCAAUCGGCCGUACAUCUACGACGCGCUCAGCUUCCAGAAGCAGAACACUCUCGACCUGCCCAAGUCGCAGCCGAGCAAUGGAUUCCCCAACCAACUCAUCAGCCUGCAUCAGAUCCGCAACUAUGCGCACCAGCCGAACACCAGUCUCAUGGAGCACUCGCUCCUCGGGCUCAAGGACAAGUAAAUAGUACAAAUAGGGGAAUCCCAUGAUGCGUAUACAACAUUCCCUGGGAUUUAACCUAUCUAUGCAAAAGAAAAAACAAUAUAUUAUAAAUAUAUAAAGCGCUAUAUAUAUAUAAAAUUGUACAUACAGAGCAGAGGUGAUGAACACUGAAUUGAUUCAAAGAGAUGAGAUGCUUGAAGAUGAUAGGGAAACGAUGAUUACGAUAGGUUAUUAUACAAAGUAUGCAAACUCAAGUGGAGAGAAAUAUGUGUAAUAUGAAACAAAGUAAAACAAAGUAAAACAAAGAGAACUAUUUGUUUUCGAGAUUUAAAUAAAUAUACUUUAUAAUGUGUACAUAUUAGGUGGCUAUGGAUCGAUAUUAUUACUUGUUGGAUGGAGCACUCUGCCCAAAAAAAAACGAUAAGAAAUGAAACGGCUCAAAUGGUUGAAGAUUUUUUAUGCACUUUUUAUUUGUUUGCGAGUGGAAAACAAGCCGCAUAUUGAUGAAAUGCAAUUUGAAGUUUUCGUUUUGGAAAUACUAAGAUUUCAAAUUGCGAUUUCUGUUUUAAAGAUAAAAAAAAACCUAGGCACAUGUUUAAAUAAAUGUUUUUGAUUCGGAAUUUCGCACUGCGCUUGGUUUUCCUGAAGGGUCGAAAUUUCUGUAAAUAAAAUUUAAGUUUAUAAGCGAAUUUAGAGUUAUCUUUGUGAUGUUAAAGCGAUACAAUGAUUUUGGCACGAAUUGAGCUUUAAUUUUUAUUUUGGGAAUUCUUGUAUCGUUUUGCUAGCGUCCGCGGCGAGGAUAUUUAUUAGUUUUGUACGAAAUUCUAGUUGAUUUUUUAGAUCUCUUAAACUGCGCAACUCUUGGGGAGGAGGGAAAAUUGUGAUUGUUUUUAUUGAAAGACGUGAAUGAUUGGAAAUUGUUACUUUGGUAGUGUUUACUCUUAAGUUUAAACGAAUUGGAAAAAAAACUCACUCAAGAACCACUUCUAUUUGCUAGUUGCUAAUUAUUUGUAUAUAGUAUAAAUAUUAUUUGAUAUUUAAUAUUAUUAUGAGAAUAUAUAUUAUUUUCCGAAGGAAAGCACUCGGCGCGUCUCUCAAGGUGGUGUACGAUAUGUGGAAACACGGAUGAAAACUACGAACUACAUAGUUGAUACGAGCGGUUUUUUGUUACUCUUUUUCUCUUUUUGAAUUUAUUAAUAUUAUUACGACCAAUAAAAGAAAUAAAAUUCGGUUUCUAUAAGUUUCCUCGUUUGUUUUGCACACAUGAUUUCCUUGUUUUACGUUCUCCUCGAUUCACAAGAAGCAAAUAAGGGAGCCAAACAUGAAACUGAAGCGAACGAGCAUGACAUAGAAUAAACUACACACACUAUACAUGUUUAACUGUGAUAAUUUUCGUACUGAAUUAUAAAGAAGAUGAAGUAAAUCGAUGAUGAAUUAAGCUAUAAAGUGUAAUUGUGACUUUGGAUUAAUUAGCGUUUAAGGAGAUAGCAAAUGCAUCGACACACUGAAUGGAAUCAAAAAAACUAUAUACGAAUGCAGAGAUGUUUUGUGACGAUGAGAGGAUACGGUGUUGAUAGUCAAUUUGUACAUAACGCUAUGAUUAAGUGAAGAUUUAAUGAUUAACGAUUACAAUAAAUGCGGUUUAACAUUUUCAGACAUUCAAUUAUAUCAUUUGUGGUUUACUCUUAAGGAUAACGCUAGGUAUUAUACGUUUUAAGCAGAAGAUGGCAAAUAAAUAUUAGCACAAUGAAAAUUGUAUAAACAGACAUAAUGCGAGUGGACGGACGGAUGGAAAUUGCACAAUUUACAGUUUAACUGUUUUAAUUGUAAUUCAGACACUACUUGUAAAGUUGUAAUUUGUAUAAUGAUGUACAUGUACUAUUGAAAAGAGGUCAAAAGAUGCAAACGAGCAAACCACCAAAAUUAUUAUAUACGAUGAAGAUGGCGGACGAAAAUCAUAAUGAUAUUUGUAAAUUAGGGACGCAUUGCAUUUGGGAUUUUAUUUUUCAUUUGAUGAUUAAUGUGAAAAAGUAUAUAUUUCAAAAUAGUUCCGAAUCUGCACAAAUUACAAGACAAAUUUUGAUUGUAUUCAAACAGAAUCCAAAAAUUAAGUGUCUAUAUAAUAGAAAUGAGAUUUUCUCAACCGGAAUUUCAAAAAUCGUUGAUUUUUUGUUUUCAUGUUCUGUUUGUGUGUUUGUAAAUUUCGGCACAACGAAUCUGCGACCAUUUUUGAUAUGCGAAUCAAUGGAGUUUCUUAUCCAGUGCAACCAGUCAGCAGAUUUCCAAGCAAUUCUCAAUAAUAUUAAUGUCUACACACAAAUGGUGAAAACAAAAUGUAUUAGAUGAUAAUUUCGAAUCUUGAUUACGUGAAAAUUGAUGCGAGACUUGCUCUGAUGUGGGUUGAGAAUCAAUACAAUAACUUGGGGCGAUAAAUCAAAGCAAACUACAAUACAGACAGGAUUCAUUACUAUACCACCGACAAGCAGACACUCAAAGCGUUAUUAUGCAUUUAAUGUUAUUACUUAAUGAAUAAACAAUUAGCAUGUUCAUUGUAAACAAAACGAAAACUAUGUGAAAUAAAUGAAAAUGAAAUUGUCAA